AUGUAUGAUUGUAAGAAGUUUAAGAGGUUUGACAACUCGUCAUCAUUAUCAUCCUCCAGGGAUCUGCCUAUUCCUGGGAGUGAGCUCUCAGGAAUUCAUUUUGCCUUGGAAUUCCUGCAUAUGAAUACCAAAAGCUUGCUUGAUAGCAACCUACAAGAUGGUAGAUAUAUAUCUGCCAAAGGAAAGGAGGUGGUUGUCAUAGGUGGCGGAGAUACAGGAACGGACUGCAUAGGGACGUCCAUACGGCAUGGUUGUACGAGCAUUAUCAAUCUAGAACUCCUUUCUCAGCCACCUCGAACAAGAGCUCCAGGCAACUCAUGGCCUCAGUGGCCUCGCAUUUUGCGUGUUGAUUAUGAUCACCACGAAGCAGCUGCCAAGUUUGGAAAAGACCCAAGAUCUUAUGAAGUCCAGAGCAAGAGGUUUAUAGGAGAUGGAAAUGGAAAUGUUAAGGCACUGGAGGUGGUUCAUGUGCAUUGGGUUAAGGAUGCUCGUGGGAAGUUCCAAUUUGAGGAAAUCAAGGGGUCAGAGGAAAUAAUUGAAGCUGAUCUGGUGCUCUUAGCCAUGGGAUUUCUUGGUCCAGAAUCAACUAUUGCAGACCAACUAGGUUUGGAGAGGGACGGCCGAUCCAAUUUCAAAGCAGUGUAUGGGCAUUUCUCCACUAAUAUUGAUGGAGUCUUUGCAGCUGGAGACUGCCGACGUGGCCAAUCACUGGUUGUUUGGGCUAUCUCUGAGGGCCGGCAAGCAGCAUGUCAGGUGGAUAAAUACUUGAUGAAAGAAGACACCACCCCAGCAAACACACGGUAG